AUGUCUGCCAAGGUUCCUCGCAACUUUCGCCUACUGGAGGAGCUCGAGAAGGGAGAGAAGGGUCUCGGCGCUGAAGCAUGCAGUUACGGUCUUGAGGAUCCUGAGGAUCUUCUCAUGAGCAAGUGGAACGGCACAAUUCUUGGACCUCCUCAUUCCGUCCACGAGAACCGCAUCUACAGUGUCAAGAUGCACUGCGGUCCCGAGUACCCUGACAAGCCUCCCUCGAUCCAGUUCAUCAGCCAGGUCAACUUGCCCUGUGUCAACCCCACCAACGGCAUCGUCGACCCUAACCAACUCCCCUGCCUUGCCCAGUGGAAGCGCGAGAAUACCAUGGAGACUGUGCUCAUAGAGCUGCGACGAUACAUGGCCUCGUCCCAGAAUAAGAAGAUCGCCCAGCCUCCUGAGGGGUCUACCUACUUCUAA